CUGCGGCGUUUAGUCUACCCUUGACUACCUCUCAGAGCGGAGCAGCAUCAACGUGAUGUCAUAUCUAUUACUACUCCUGCUGGCUGCCCUUGGCCUGGCGGCGGCAGACGUCUUUGAGGAGUGCGAUGAGAGCAACCUCAACAACUUCAUUGCCUCAAACAAGAGCUGCACCCACUUCAUCUACUGCAGCGGCGAGGAUUCGUUCGAGGGCGAGUGCCCCGAGGAGAACGACUACUUCAAUGCGCAGCUGGCCAUGUGUGAGCCCAUGGAGGAGGUGGACUGCCGCACGGGCCUGCCCCUGCAGACCAACGAAGUGCAACAGAUCGCAGUCACUGAAUUGCCAGUCACGACAGUGACUGUGACCACAGCCUCCACUGCGCUCGAUGUGAGCUCGGAAACUGUGACAGCCGCUGCGCCAGCGUCCACAGCGGGGAGCAGUGCCAGCAGCCAGAAGGUCAUCACCGUGCUGGCCAGCGAAUGCCCACCGACCGACAACACCCACCAGAUCGUGCUGCUGGCCCACGACAAGUCCUGCACGGAGUACUUCAUUUGCUAUCACGGCAAGCCCCUGCCCAUGACCUGUGCCGCCAUGCUGCACUUCAAUGUGCACACGGCCAAGUGCGACAAGGCCGAGGUGGUCAACUGCAUGCGCUCCACGAUCAGCGUGCGCGAGCAGUGCAAGCAGCACACCGUCGACAUCUAUCCGCAUCCGGACAACUGCAACUACUUCUACUACUGCCGCAACGGCUUCCUGAUGCUGCAGCAGUGCCCCUUCUUCUAUGGCUGGGACUAUGAGAAGCGCUCCUGUGUGGCGAUCGCCCAGGCCAAGUGCUUUGGACACAAAUUGUUGAUGCUGUUGCUGCUUUCGUGUUUGACGGCCGCGAGAAGCCAUUGGAGCAUACGUAAACCCACCAAUUCCGUGAGCAUAAGGCAAAAUUCUUUGGGACUGUGCAGGAAUCAGGCGAGUGGCAGCUUUGUGGAGCAUCCGGAUGACUGUCGGCUGUUUUAUCUCUGCCAGGACAAUGGUGACGCUGUGCUCGCCUCGUGCCCGUCAAAUAUGUUCUACAAUAAGCUGAACAAAAUUUGCGAUACGGCCGCCAAUGCGGGAUGUCAGAAUAAGACGAACGAGGAUAUUGUCAUUCCUCCCACAAAUAAUGAGCAGAAUCUCAAUAGCAUGAUUACAGAUGCAGCCAAGUAUUGUGCUACCUUAACGCCGCAGGCGGGCAGUGAUCACAUCGUUUAUGUGGGCAGCUCGUCUAGUUGUAGUAACUAUUACAUCUGUUACUACGGACAGGCGAUUCUGCAGGAGUGCAGUGAGGAGUUGCAUUGGAAUGCCGUCACAGCCAAAUGUGAUCUGCCGGAGCGAGCGAAAUGUACUUUAGAAGUGAAUACACUGCCCGUGAGGCCACCAAGUGAUAUUACGAGUGAGCUAUUGCAUUGCCCUGCCUAUGGACAGCAUCUGUAUCCACAUAUGCAGCGCUGUGAAUUCUUCAUUUAUUGUGUCAAAGGUCAUGCUACGUUGCAGCAGUGCCCGUUUUACUACUUCUUCGAUGUGAUAACCAAAACCUGUCAAUGGUCGCGCACGGCGCUGUGUGUGCGAGAUUUAAAUUUUCCGCGCCAUUAGUUCAUAAGUAAAUCAAUAUCGAACGUAAAAGAGUGACCGUAUCGGCAGAAAUUAAUCGAUACUAAGUAUCUGUUCUGUAAAGUCGAUUAAUAUUGGUCGUGAUGUGAUGCCAUCCAAAAUACCAGAACAUUCGAUGAGACGGUCACACUGUUUUAACCUGACCACUGUUUAGACAAAGUUUUUGUUAAAAAGGAAAAAUGUUAAAUUGUGAAGCGAAGUAAAAUAAGAUACAGCAAAUAAAUGAAUAGUAAAAUCAAGAAGUAACAAGUUAAAUUAAAUCCGAUAAGCAUGGCUUAGAUAUGUACUUACAAAAACUCAGCACACAAGAUUUACGGCAAGCAACACAGUAAACAGAAACGAAGUAAUUUUAUUGAAUACAAAAAAAUCGCUACAAAGCCGAAUCAAAACUAUAAAAUAAAGUAGUUUACUUGGUAACAGCUGAAAAGCAUCAGCAGCUGGUGAGUGUAUGUGUAUGCGUGCGUGCCAGUGCGUGAGUGCGUGCUUGUGUGUGUUGCUAUAGUAUAAACAAUAUUAGAAGCCUAAAUAACAGCAACAACAGCUACAACAAACCCACACACUCGA